CCCCAAAAGUCUCGUCUCAGUAGCAGCAGCGUCAGCCCUAUAAAAAUGGACAGGGGAGACGGCAAUCAGCAGUGGGAGGCGUUGGCAUAAGCGGGGCUGUGGCGCGGACGAUCAUCGAGCAAGAUUCUGACAGGAAAGUUGGAAAAGCCAUGGCGAUGGGUAGCGGCAGAAAUGGCGGUAAUCUGAAAAAUGCUGUCGUAGCCUUACUGGUUCCGCUUCCCUCCAUUCUCUUUUACCUCUGUUUCCUCAGCAACUGUGGUAAUGGUACCUGUACUGGUCUCUGGAAGUGGUGCUAUCACCAUCCUCUUCUGUUGGUGAAUGCACUCUUCUUCCUCAACGUCAAUUUCGUCUUCUGGCUCCUCAGCCAUGUACAAUCCAGCCACUGGAUGAUUGACCUGUACUGGACUUUGAUACCCGUGAUGCUCGUUCACUAUUUUGCUUCUCACCCUUUAGCUCACUAUAAUGAAUUGAGGUCAUGGAUCGCAAUUUCUUUGACUUGGAUAUGGAGCAUAAGGCUUACCCACAACUACUUGAGGCGGGAGGGAUGGCAGCUGGGAGUCAGAGAGGACUGGAGGUUCACUGAUAUGCGCCAACAGUACGGCAAGAACUGGUGGUGGGUUUCUUUCUUCGCCGUCUAUCUUUCACAGCAGAUAUUCCUGAUCGGCGUAUGCCUUCCUCUAUACGUCGUCCACUCAGUUGACGAGGCAUUGAAUAUGUGGGAUUUGGUAGCAAUCUUUGUGUGUGUGUCUGGAAUUGUGAUCGCCUACUUUGCUGACACCCAACUCCAUGAAUUCGUGACAAGGAACAACGAACUAAAAAUGAGUGGAAAAUCAAUGGUGCCCAAUUUAGAGGAGGGAUUGUGGCGUUACUCCCGACACCCAAACUACUUUGGAGAGCAGCUGUGGUGGUGGGGACUUGUGAUAUUUGCGUGGGGUUUAGGUGAGGAAUGGAGCCUUGUUGGAUCAAUGGUGAACAGUCUGUGCUUAGCAUAUGUAACCAAGCUGGUUGAAGAGCGAAUGGUGAAACAAGAGUACAGAGCUGAAGCUUACAGGCAAUAUCAGAAGACUACAUCUGUGUGGAUACCUUGGUUCAACACAUCAGUGAAAAAGGAUAAGAAUAUGUGAGCAAGUAAGCGUGGCUCUUUCUUUCUGUCACUGUGCAGCGUCUUCUCUUUUUAUGAAUUUGUAUGCGGUCAUCUCAGCUGUGUUGGUUUAUGGUAAUCUUGUUGUAAAGCUUUCGCCUUUCUACUAUUGGGUGAGAAAAAGUUGUAUGGAUUGUUCUAUCCUUUGUCUUCUAUGUGUAAAACACUCGCUUUUAUCU